CCUUUCCCUCUCUCUCUCUCUCUUAGAUGAGGAUUGGUAUUCAUUCAGGUGCAGUAGUUGCCGGUAUUGUUGGUACAAGAAUGCCUCGGUAUUGUCUUUUUGGUAAUACUGUUAACAUGGCGAGCAGGACAGAAGCUAAUGGUGAACCAGGGAAGAUACAAGUUACACAAUGGACACACAAGUUACUAGCUGACAAGCCCAACUUCAAAUUCACAGCAAGGGGUCUGAUACAGUUCAAAAAUGUCCCGGAACCCACAAUGUGCUACUUCCUUGAUGAGAACACCGACAAAGGCGAUUACCUUGAACUCGAAGUACCCGAAGAAAUAUCCUACGACUUUAUGCAGAAAUCAGACUCUCCUCCUCCUACUCCAUACUCACACCUCUUUGGGAGUUCUAAUCCGUCAACGUACGCCACCACACCCCAUGAGUACCCUAGUCCAAUGGGCUCCCCUAGUAAAAUAAGAAAAUUCCCAGCGUCUCCCGAGUUUUUUGAGAGUACUGACAUUGAGAGAAAGACCAGUGGUGGUAGUAGUGGUGGGUUUGGUCCUGUAGCUCCAGCUCCUGUACCUGGUGGUGGAGGUGGGGGUCCUACUGAUAGUCCUACAUUUGGCGGUACUAGGAGAAGAACGGGCCUAGCGACUACCUCUUAUCUUCAAUCUGAUUUAAUGGAGAAUGGCCCUUCGGCUGAUCCCUCUUCUUUCUCGUAG